CCGCCGUGGCCGCCCAGCCUGGCCCCGCUGAAGGCCGUGGAUGACUUGCUGCGCUGUGGGAUUUGCUUCGACUACUUCAGCAUCGCCGUGAUCAUCCCGCAGUGCUCGCACAGCUAUUGUUCCCUUUGUAUCCGCAAGUUUUUGUCCUACAAAACGCAGUGUCCGACGUGCUGUGUGGCAGUCGCAGAAUCUGAUCUGAAAAACAACCGGAUUUUAGAUGAUCUCGUGAAGAGCUUUCAUUCUGCAAGGCAGCAGCUGUUGCAGUUGGUGUUGGAUGCUCCCCCGGCUCCGGCCCGUGGCCAGCGUCCGGCUGCCGAGGGCCACAGGAGUUCUCAGCCAGAUGCUAAACAGGCACCAGGGCUUGACAGCUUCUUAAGAAAGGACAAAGUCUGCACCUCCACAAAGGCAGAUGGCCUGGCAUGGACUGGGCAGAAGAGUGUCAAAACUGAGGAGCAGUGUGACCCUCCCAGCGCUUCUGCAGAGGUCGGUGGUAAGGACAAGGACGUGGGAUCACAGGAGAUUCCUGGCUGUGCUGAGAGUCUUGAAAAGCCUUCUACAUCUGUGGGAAAAGGAGACAGGAAAGUGGAAUGUCCUGUUUGUGAGGUUGCUAUUCUGGAGCAAUACAUAAACAAACAUCUGGAUAGCUGCUUGGCCAGAGAGGAGAAGAAGGACAGCCUGCGAAGUUCUACUCAGAAGAGGAAGCUGAUGUCCAAAGUUGUUUAUAACCUGCUGUCGGAUCGAGAUCUGAGGAAAAAGCUCAAGGAACACGGUCUCUCUACCUCUGGGAGCCGCCAGCAGCUCAUUAAGAGACACCAGGAGUUUGUGCACAUGUACAAUGCUCAGUGUGAUUCCCUAAACCCCAAAUCAGUUGCAGAGGUUGUUAAAGAGCUGGAGAAGAAUGAGAAGAUCCGGGUUCAGCUGGAGUGUAAUAAACACAGUGAAAAUAACUUGACCUUCACAAAGGACCAGACAGAGGAAGAAAUAGAUGAGAUCCACGCUGAAUAUCGAAACAAACACAGGAGUGAAUUCAAGUUCUUGGUGGAUCAAGUGAAUAAACGGUGGAAGAAAACAGGGGAGGAGAGGAAAGCAGAACGUGCUCAAAGCAAAGAGGAAGUCUCUGUCCAAGAGCUGCCAGCAGCCACAGAACCUGGGGAAGAGCAUCCCACAGCUGUGAUCCCUGGAAAAGCCCAGGCACUCCAGUCAGAAAUUGCCAAUGGCCAAAGAAGUGAAUCUCAUUGCUUGAGGGACUGGCAGAGAUCAGCCUCUCCUGAAUUCUCACUGUCAUCUGCCUCAAGCAGCAGCACCAAUUCGGACAUUCUGACGGAUGUGGAAGGGUCUGAGACGUGUUCAGUGUCCUCUGACAGCAGCAGCAGCAGCUCCGUGGCUCUGCCAGGGAACAAGAGGAGGCUGCGGCGGCCGCGGGUCCCCGAGAAGGAGCGAGCGAUGCCCCAGGGCAAGAGGAAGAGGAGCUAGUGCCCAGCAUGGGAAACACCUCCUGGGCUCUCUGCUGCUCUCAGAGUGUCUGGGUACCAGUAAAACGCUCUGUUCUCACAUCACUGCCAUUCCAGCUGCCUUAAUGAGCAGGCUGGUGGGUUUGCCCACAGCCCUGUGGGCCAUUGAUGGUUGAGCUUGGGCACAGAGCCCUGCAGGAGCCUGACCUGGCUCCUGUGCCCAGUUCCCUUGCUGGUUCUGUGUGCUGUUCCUGCUUGCAUCCUGUGGAAGCCUCACCUGCCCUCCUGGGAGCAGCUACAGGACAGUGAUUGGUUUGGGGGUGGGCAGGUCCUGGUGCUGCAGCACAGGGGGGAGGGAGGGAUGAGGAAUGUAGGGAGAUUCUGUCCUACACUCAUGGGUUUUUUUAUACAUGUUUGUGUAAACUUGCUCAGUAUUACGUGUCAUUAUUUCAGUUUGAAGUCCUGAAACUGGAAAGAAGUCAGAAGGCUGCUGGAUGUGAAGUAUUGUAGCUUCCAAGCAAAUAGUGACAUUGAAGAGUCUGAUCUUCCUUAGGAGAUGGUGGAAUUUUGUGAUGCAAUAAAGCAGUGCAAGAAAA